AUGAAUCACGUUCACAGCUCUAGCUGCGGUUGCAAAGAAUAUGCAAAUGUUGAAAAUGCUUAAGAUUUAUAUUCUGUUAUUGAGCUUGCAGGAAUAAAUUGUUUAAAUGAAUCAUAAAGCGGUAAAGGAAGAAGUGUUUUUAAAGAAGAAGAUUAAAAAUUAGAAAAUGGUGAUUUUGUUUAAUCAGAUGAACCUGAUCCUGAAAUGAUAUUUAUCAUUCCAUUUACUUGCACAGUCAAUCUCAAAUCAAUUAAUAUUAUUGCUAAAGACUAAGAGCAUGCUCCAAACAUACUUAAAGUUUAUACAAACCAAGAAAAUGUUGAUUUUUCAAUUUCUGAAAACAAAGGAUUAGAAGAAUUUAUGCUUGUUCCUAAUUUAGAUGGAACUGUCUACUAAUCAGUGAGAUAGAGCAAAUUUUAAAAUAUAACUAAACUAAUUCUUUAUAUUGCUUCUUAAAAUACCAAUAAAGAAACAAUAGCUAUUUCAUAUAUAGGACUCAAAGGAGAAAGCACUGGACUUAAACGUCAAAUUGUCAAUGCAGUCUACGAAAUAAAACCUCUUGCAGAAGACAAUCACCCUGCUAAAUUAUUAAAUGCCUAAAUGAAAGAAAAUUGUUGA